GAAAGAGACAACUAAUAUCGGAUGCCGGCUGGUUACUGCAACGCGCCUAAGCGACGUCACAUCGUAGGACCGCGUGUUCGGUUGGAACGACGCGAUGCCCGCCAUUUUGAAGCCAGUGUAGCGUUCGUGCGAACUAGAAACGACGCGCGUCUUGUUGCAAGUCAAUAAAUUAGGUACAAUUAUGGCCACAGCAACGAUAGAUGAGUGGACUGAAGAAAAGUGUUUACAACUAAUACGAGAGUUUAGAAGUAGACCGAUACUAUGGGACCAAAAAGAUCCGUUCUACUUUAAAAAGAACAUGAAACCUAAAGCAUGGCAAGAGAUAAGUGACAAAAUAAACAUCUCUCCGGAUAAAUGCAAACACAAAAUGAUUAUUUUAAUGUCAUCUUUUAGAAGAGAAAAAGCCAAAAUAAUGCACAGCAUUACGGAUUGUUCGGAGGCUUCUCAAGCUUACAAAAGCACGUGGUUUGCGUUUAAAGACAUGGUCUUUUUGAUGGAUAAAGACAACGAAAGAAAACGACAAUUAAAACAAAGCACUGGCAGUACUGGCGGCACUGAUGAUGACGAAGACGAUGAUUGGGUUGUGUCUAGUUUUCAAAACAAAUUGCUGAGAAAUCAUAUGGGCAGACCUAAUGCAAUGAGACACUCAAUGGCGUACAAACAAGAAAUGUAUCAAAAGGUGUUAGGUUUAGUGCCGGACGAUGAUCACGCGCCCACUCUGCACCCUGCACCAGGUCCCAGUCAAACAGUUGAAGAACGAGACGAUGAAAUUAAAUCGUUUCUUACAUUCAUAGGAAAUAAAAUGAAAAGGUACACAGACGACACUAAAAACGCCGUGCAAAGAGCAAUUUGUGAAGUAAUAUUUAAGGCAGAUCAAAAUUACUAUAAUUCAAAUUUAAAUUGUACCGAAAAGUACACUAUUAUAGACACUGAAUCUGAUCCUUUGCACAAGGAAUUAUACGAAAUGCAAACCGAAGCAGUGAUAAAAGUACAAAAUGAUUCCGAUGAGGAUGAAAUCAGUAAUUAGUUUAAGACUGCCAUAAUCCUAAAGUCUGCAUUAGAUUAAGUUUUGAUACGUGAUUGACAAUUGACACGAGUACUAUGAAUAAAGUACAUAAUUAUUU